AUGCUGAGUGGACCUGUCAAGUCUGAGACGUCAGAAGUCUUAGAGGACAGCCACAGGAUCCCAGAAGUCAUUCGCAAGACGGGCGAGGUGGACUCGCCGGUCCACCCUCUCAGCUGUGGAUCCCCAAACAAGACGUCUUCCAGUUUGGCUGCAUCGGACCCCUGCACAUACGGAAUCACACUGCCGUGUAAGAACACUGCCUUUGCCCAGGACUGUGUGCGCGCGUGUGACUUCUUCUCCCUCAAGAGUGCGGUCUGGCUGUACCUCCGAGCCUUGCCAGACCCCGUGUUUGAGGGAGACCCCCUGACUCUGCGAUGUCACGGAUGGAAGAACACGGCCCUGUGCCGGGUGAAGUUCUACAAAAAUGGAAAAUUACUGGAAAAGCCCGGGACCAGAUGGUCCCUGUCCGUGGGGACAGCUACACUGGAGAGCAGCGGCCACUAUAGCUGCUCUGGGAAGAUGGGCUACAUCCCACACCUGGGCACACAAACUUCAGAGAUGGUCAUGGUUCAAGUCCAAUAGCUGUUCCCGCCUCCUGUGCUGAGCGCUGUCCCCUCCCCCGAGCUCUGUGAGGGAAGCCCGCUGACCCUGAGAUACCAGACGAAGCUGCACUCCCAGAAGUCGGCCUCAAGGCUCCUCUUCUCCUUCCACAGAGAUGAGAGCACCUUGCAGGACCAGGGCCCCCACACAGAGCUCUGCCUCCCAGGAGCCCAGGAGGGAGACUCUGGGCUUUACUGGUGCUGGGCCACCUCUGAGGGUGGUGUGGCCCAGAAGCAGAGCCCCCAGCUGGAGGUCAGGGUGCAGGGUGAGUGGCAGAGGCCUGUCUGCAGAGAGGUACACUCCGGCAACAGGGGAGAAGGAAAUGCAGCCGGCUCCAUGGAGGAGGAUGGGGAGAAGGAGCCGAGUCAGGCACCUGUGGGCGGGGUCAGGAGCACCUGCACACAGGGCCCCUAG